AUGAAGAAGCUCCAAGAUGCGUUUCAGGCUGCAAGCUCUAGAAAUCCAGAGGAAGAAGAUGCCUAUGAAUCAGGUGUUGAAGAGACUUCAGACUUUGGACUGGUGUUUUCUUCUGACAUCUCAAGUGGAUCUGAAGCCGAAGACGAAGAAGAGGCUAAAUCGUCCUCUGAUGAAGAGUCAGUAAGAGAAGGAGGAGAUAAUGAAAAUGCAGACGAGGCCUACGAAAUAAUGGAGGAAGGAUGUGAGGAGUCGAAUUGUACAUCUACAAGUAGCGAAGAGGGUGACCAAAUUACAAAAAAGUGCUCUAGUGGAUACUAUGCGUUUUUAUCAUCAUGUCUAGAGCGAAAGAUUAUGAUAAAAGAAUUUUUUUCCUGUGAGAGCAACGUUGCAAAAAAAAAUGUUUUACUGACAAUGCUAGGACCAGAACAUAAAAUGGCCGCUGUUUGCAAUUUUCGUGUUCGAAGGGUUGACAAUAAGAAACGCGUAAUCCACAUCACAUUUUUGUCAGUGCGGAAGCACUUGCGGAGACUUGGUAUUGGAACUAGAAUCAUUGAAAUUAUCAAAACACCUCAGAUGUCUGGCCAUUACGAUGCCAUGGUAGUUCAUGCUGAUUUAAAUGCCACCGAAUUUUUCGCUAAUAAUGGCUUUUCUGGCGAUCCUCUACUUAACAAACAGUGGGCCUCAUUUGCUGGAGAAUACGUCAACUGCUUGCUAAUGACUUACUUUCCACCUUUGUCGUUCGGUGCCUCUACCACUAAUGGAUCGAAGCUUCUAAAGUCCAUUGAUAAAUCCAUCGACGAUUGGCUGGUUGCUACGGGAAAUGUGCACCAAAUGCAGUAUACUCUUUGCAAGCGAUUGCGUGCGGAAGUUGUUAGGCUUCAAAAUCAGUUACUCUCACAGGACAGUCUGAUACAAGUGCUGAAGCGUGAGGUCGUAAAACAGGCUCACCUCAUUGAUGCUCUUCGUGCAAGGGCUGUGGCCAACGGCCAAAGAGACGGCGACGAAUCUCUUGGUCUAAGCUUGGACGCCAUCAGUUUUUCUACGCUCCCUCCCCCUAUGAAUAUGGAGUCUCGUCUGAGCCUGGGUUUCAAGGGUGUCACCUUUAAGGAAUGUGCCGGGGAUAUGGACUAA